CUGCCCUUCCGCAGUCGUCACGAGGCCCACUUCGCUCGACUCUGGGAGGAGGCCGGUCCGCGCCCUUGCUGCCCCCGCUGCGAUGUUGCCCUGACGCAGCACAUCCGCGAGCCAGGCACCAAGGACUCGACGCGCAUGACCUUCCCGUGCAACGCGAGGCCCGACCGUCUGGACUGCGAGAAGGGGUACGAAGGUAACGUCGAGCUGACCUGCGUAGCGUGCAACCUCCUUCGCGGGAAGAACAGCGUCGAGGGAAACCGUCGCCACGUUCGCCGCAUCGUCAAGGCGUGGCGUGAGGGCCGUUGCCAGGUGGUCAACGACGUGCUCGUGCCCAUUCUCGGCGGUGGAUUCGUGGGGGCCCCCACUCCCGUGGAGGAGGCGAGGAUCUGGGCGUGGGCGGAGGAGGAGUGGGAGAGGAUUGACGACCGCUGCAAGCAGUCACAGACGAGUAAGCGCAGGAAGCCGAAGGCUAACAAGCUUACCGUCCAAGACCUCUUCGACAUGCUCGUUGCGCGCUGGGCUGGCGACGGCAAGUUCCUCGAUGUGACUGGAGCUGCCUUUGACCUGUGGUUCGUUUCGGUCGACCGCCUCAACUCUGAGGACGACUACACCGUUGCGAACAGCCGCCUCAUGCACAGCGGCCUCAACUUUCUCAAGAACACGAACUCGAAUGACUACUACUGCAGAUCGUCGAGUGGAUCAAGAAGGCUGUUGCCGCCGCUGAUGCUGCGGGCGCAACGGCCUCAUCGUCAAAUGCAGUAGCCGGCCCUUCAGGCCAUUUACGCCCACGUCGCCCAAUACGCAGAGCCUCCAAAACGAUUGCCCGCUUGAUCUCGCUUUCAUGCUCGCUCUUAUCUGAUCUACUCGAGCUCGCAACUCGAAUGCCACAGCCGCCAAUAGCCCUCUCAGGUCUCCUACCUUUGUCGCCGCGGACACCCAGUUCUCUCCCCGGAGCGCAGACCCCAAGAUCGUGUCCCAC